AAGAAACGCCCCUGUUUGGAUCGUAAACAACUGCACAGAUGCAGAGACAGGCAGGGUAUCGAAACUGAUUGCAGAUCGGUCUGUGUUUGACAGAGAGCGGUCUGGGCUCUCUGGUUGAGCAGCUCUGAGAACAGACAUGGACGCUGCGCGUGCACGCGUUUACAGAUGCGGACUAUUGUAACGUCAAUACAGAAACUAACCGAGUCCGAGAUGAGGAAGUCUGUAAGAUGGAAGGAAACAGGCAGAAUAAGUCUGACCGCAGAGGACAUAAUUUCGUCUCUUCUGACAGCCUCUGAUGAGAAUCAGAACAAACUGCAGGAGGCAGAGGCUAAACACAGCUCAGAGAACAUGAACCCAGAAGAGAGGUCUCCAACAAACAUCAAGAGCCAUAGCUGCUCUGUAGAUCAUGGCAGUCUCUCUGGGAUUGUACCACCUGGGCCUAGUCCUUCUCUUCUGGCUUCACUGCAGUCCCUCGCUGAACACAAUGACCACAUGCUCCUCCCUCAUUCCUUACACCAGAUAGCGGAGGGCUACUUCCUUGAAAAGGACUAUCAGUGGGCAGUUGAGUUUCUCCAGCUAGAGAAGCUGUAUCAUGAAAGACUACUGUCUAAUCUGGCCUCCAUACAAGAGGAAUGGGAGUCCCAGAGGAAAGGCAUCGUCCAAGCUGAAAGUAACUCUCCUUUAAACUCUAACGGAACUGACAGAGAGAGAGAACAUGUGGAACUGUUGAGUCAUAUCUGCAGAAAAUCACACCAGAGACCUAACCUCUUUUUGGAAAAGAACAUGGACGACAUAAGACUACACAACAGCUCAACCCUUGUGCCAGAACACAGAAGAUCCAAAUCAGAACAUGCUUCAGUGAACUCAACCGAGAGAGAUAACCGGGCAGACGACGGCUCAUGGCUAGGAGCUGAACAGGAGCCAGAAGAGGACUGUGAAUUGAAUGAGGAGGAGGACGAGGCAGGUCUUGAGGAGGAUGAGUGCUGGAAUGAGAAGCUGCAGGAUGACACAGUCUGUGAUGGCCAGGUUCCUGUGGAUGAGCUGGCCAACCAUUUUCAGAAGUUUGCCUCAAAUGGAUUAGUCUCUAUUUUAAAGAAGAGAGUCUACAUCAAGGAAACAGAGAAUGCGCUGCCACUAAAAGACUCAACCAAACGCAGAGUCCGCUUUAGAGAGCCAGACGAUGCUUUCGAUCAAGAUGAGUCGGCCAGAAACUCUUGCCUCAUCCUUCUCAUCUUGUGUCUGGUUACUGUGGUGAUUAGCAUGGGUGGGACUGCUCUUUAUUGUCUUGUUGGAGAGGCGUACUCAAAUGUGUGUGUCGACUUCUCGCAAAACGUGGACUUUUACUUUGGACCUGUACGAAGAGGAAUGGACGCUCUUGCACAGUGGCUCUCUUCUGAUACAUCAUAACAGCUAUUUUAUGCUAACUUAAGUGGAACUCUUUCUUUAUAUUAUCAUUUCACAUUAUUUUCUUUCACAUUACCAGACUGGCCUUAAUAAAUACUUUUUUAGUGAGUCUAUACAAAUCACACAGGGCUUCCUAAUGCAUAAAUUAAUUUGUAUAAAAUAUUUAACAUUGGUACGAAAAAAAAAAACCCUGAAUAUUACAGAUAAUCCUAAUAUACCACUUAUUACAAGAUCCUUUCUUUGGAGCCAGUUAAUUUUUUUUUUUUUUUUUUUUUUUUUUUUUUACAUUUUAGUACUCCAAGAUACUACAUUCAAUGAUUUUCUUUGUAUUUAUGUUUUUAUUUUGACUAGUCACUUUUCAGUUGGGCAUUAAUCACUGAAAUUAAUAUAGUAUGAACAAAAUAAGCAUAAAUGGGUGUAUGUUAAAGGAAUAGUUCACUCGAAAAUGAAAAUUAGCUGAUAAUUUACUCCCCGUCAGGCCAUCCGAGAUGUAGAUGAGUUUGUUUCUUCAUCAGAACAGAUUUGAAGAAAUACUUCACUUGCUUACAGAUGGAUCCUCUGCAGUGAAUGGGAGCCGGCAAAAUAAGAGUCUGAACAGCUGAUAAAAAAAAAAAAACACAUCACAGUAUUUCAUAAAGUAAAUCACACGAUGGACUCCGAUCCAUCAAUUAUCUUGUGAAAUGAAAAGCUGCAUUUAUAAGAAACAAAUUCAUCAUUCAGGAGUUUGAGUCCUAUUUUAAUUUUAAAUAUUUUAAUAUGCUCAGAACCAGAACCCUGUUUCAUUAUAUGUGUUUCUGUUUUUCUUUCCCAAGUAAUAUACAUGAUCUCUAAAUUA